UAUAUUUAAUUUAAUGUACGCGACGAUUCAUUUCUUAGUCAGGAACGACACUGUUCACAUCUAUCAAUUGUUUGAAAUAAAUUCAUAAAAAACUCCAUAAGUUUUAAAUUCAAACUUGAUCAUGACAGACAAUAUCAAGAACAAAACAGCUUUGAUCACCGGUGGAACCGUUGGACUUGGUUUCAUCUAUGCUAAAAGAUUGUUAGAAAAUGGAGCAAAGUGCGUUGCUCUUCUCGAUUUGAGUUCUUCUCCUGGUCAACAAUCGGCAAAUAAUUUGGAAAAAGAAUUUGGAAAGGGAAAGGCGAUAUUCUAUGUUUGUGACGUGACCAAGAUUAAUGAAUUCGAAGCGGUGUUCAAAAAAGUUGUGAGCGAUUUGAAUGGCUUAGAUAUUGUUAUUAACAAUGCUGGUAUAUACAACGACAAAAAAUGGGAGCAAACUAUGUGUAUAAAUGUCGGUGGUGUAAUCCAAGGAUCAUUGCUCGCUUUUGAUCAUAUGAGCAAACUCAAAGGUGGUAAAGGUGGCACUAUAGUAAAUAUUGCGUCGAUCGUGGCUCUAGAUAUUAUAUACAGUAGUCCCGUUUACUGUGCUAGCAAACACUAUGUAUUGGCAUUCAGUCGUUGCUUGGCGAGAUACUACAAUAAUACUGGAAUUCGCAUUCUCAUAAUGUGCCCUGGUGUCACAAUUACGACUUUACUUGAAAAUCCUAUUUCUAAAUCUUUUGAUUUUGUUACGCAAAAUGAUUUUAAUAACUGCUUAGGAAAAGACAUUCCGCAAACGCCGGAACAUGUUGGAGAUGCCAUGGUAAAACUUAUCGAGAAAGGCAAAAAUGAAGCUGUAUGGGUUUGUAAAGAAGGUAAACAACCCUAUGCUGUUGAAUUUCCUCCAUUGAAGAAAGUAGAACUUCAAUUAAUCAAAGAUAAAAGAGUUAUCAUAACAGGAAUGGCAAGUGGGUUAGGUUUGACUAUUAGCAGAGAAUUGCUGAGAAAUGGAGCAUCUAUAAUAGCGAUGAUAGAUACCGAAGAAUCAGGCAAGGAAACAGUGGAUAUAUUAAAUAAGGAAUUCGGACGCAACCGUACUAUAUUCUAUCAUUGUAACAUUGCAAACAAUUCUGAAUUCGAUGAUACGUUUAAAAAAGCUGUGAAGGCACUUGGUGGAUUAGAAAUUCUAGUAAAUAAUGCUGAUAUAAUGAACGAAACUGAUUUCAUGAAAACUAUUGACGUAAAUGUGACUUCAGUGAUACGUGCAACGCUUCUAGGAAUCCAACAAAUGCAAAAGGACCUCGGAGGCAAAGGAGGCGCUAUAGUAAACAUAUCAUCUUUGACUGGUCUCUAUGCUGCACCUCAACUACCAGUAUAUUCAACCACAAAACAUGCUGUGGUUAGCUUCAGUCGUUCUUUUGCGCAACCAUAUCAUUAUAAAAGAACUGGAGUAAAAAUAUUAGUCAUGUGCCCUGAACUUCCUCAAAUUAUUGAUGUGAAAAAUUUAGAGAACAACGUCCCACAUGAUGAUGUGAUACAGAAAUAUUUUAGAAGAAUGCUUAGUAUCGCACACGGAUUAGUUUAUGUGCUGAGAUGCGCCCAGAAUGGAAGUAUUUGGAUCAGUGAAGAUGGAAAACCUGUGUACGAAAUACUACUAUUCGAUAGUUUACCACAAAAAAACGAUGAUUUCAUAUUGGAUGAAAAUGAAUCUAAAUUGCAAAUACUCGUUGUGUCUAUAAAUACGAUCGACGAGAACCGAUCAAACUUCAGUAGAACGACAUACGUUGACCCUGUCUUGUGCUCUCCAAUUCUGGUGAACACUAUCUCGUAUAUUCGAUUCAGUUGCGAUUUCCUUCGAAUAAAAAUGGAGAACGAGAAUAAUAAAAGAAGACAAUCUUCCGCAUCCGAGAAAGCGAAAGAAAUAGAGGCAAUAUACGGUCUCGUUUCUGGUAAAAACGUGCUCAUAACUGGUGGAGCUGCGGGUUUAGGAAAUGCAUUUAUGAAUCAUUUUUUGAAACACGGUGCGAAUAAAAUAACUAUAUUAGAUAUUGACAAGGAAAUCGGUAAGCGAAUAGAACUGAGUGUAGAGAAAUCCUGCGAAGAAAAAAAAGUGCAUUUCAUUCAUGCUGAUGUUUCCAAUCACGAACUUAUGACUGCGGCUUUUGAGGAAGCUUUGAAUUUUAUGGAUGAUAUUGACAUUGUCAUAAAUAAUGCUGGUAUUUUGGACGAACGAAGAUGGGAAAAAGAAAUAGCAGUUAAUAUUGGAGGAAUGAUUCGUACCGCAUUAUUGGCUAUAAAAUAUUUAAGCAAAAAUCAACUUGGACAUGGAGGAACUUUAGUGAAUAUUAGUCAACACAUAGAUAUUAAAAGCACUGCUCAACUUCCAAUUUACACAGCCACCAAACAUGCCAUGAUUGGACUCUCACAAUCUCUCGCGGAAUCUUACCAAAUUGAAAAGACUGGUAUUCGUGUAAUAACGUUAUGUCCUGGCUUGACAGAAACUGCGCUUACAGUGGAUAGUCCAAAUAAAUUACUUUCUCGUGUUAUGAAGGCAGAUUUCGUAAAAACUCUCGAACAACUAUCAAUACAAACUCCAUAUGUGGUAGCUCAAGGUCUAAUGUCGAUCUUGAGAAUCGCGGAAUCUGGUAGUAUAUGGGUGAUUGAAAAUGGUCGGACUCCAUACGAAGUUUAUGUACCAAAUCCACGUAGUUUACGACGUACAUAUAAAAAUAAUUUUACAGUGAUUGAAACCAAAGUAGGGACAAGAGAUGGUUCUAUAAGAGAAGUUUGCGAUAAUACACUGACAGGUCUGAUGAGUUGCGCUUGACAUAACGCUGGAACAUAAAUGGCCAUGAUGAUCUGCGUUCUCCAAGAAGUUCUAAAGGUUGAAGUCGCAAUGACUUUCUAUCCUUUCGUUUGAAUAAUUCCCUAGUACGAUAAAGCUUAGGAAUUACAAAUAGAAAGUUGAAGUGAAUGAUCAAAUCGAAUUUUCUUCGAUCACUUGAAAGUAAUUGAGGAAAAGAGGUUCAAGCUACUUGGUAUUUGUUAGUCAUUGAUACAAUGUUAAGUAUUUAUACAGAUAAUGCACGCGUAUACACAUGAUGUUUUAUAUAUAAAUCAAUCGCCAUCAUAUUUAAGAAGUUUCUUAAUUAAUUAAAUUGUUGAUGAAUAAUAGUAUGACUUGUUUCCUUAUACGAUCAAGUCUUUUUUUAUUUUUUAAAUCUUUGUUCAGUAAAUAUCAAUUUACAAGUGUUUUUACUUUUUUUUUUUUUUUUUUUUUUU